AUGCUGCAAUUGCUAUUGGUGAGAUUAUGUGCAAUGAUGCGCAUGCAGGAUGGCUCUACACCUUUGAUACUGGCAGCAUCACAGGGCCUUCAGCUAGUUGUCGAACUGUUGGUGGACAAGGGCGCGACUGUAGGCAUCAAGGACAAGGCGGGAAAAACGGCAUUCGACUGGGCUCAACGUAACGGACACAGCGCCGUGGCGGACUACCUGAAGCGCUUCGCAGGAACAACUGCAUCCAGUGUUUCCAGCACAAGAAAGUCAGCGCUGAUCAGGUUGAAGAGCGUGUUCAAGCGGUCGUGA